AUGGCGUGCGCACUUUUUCACCGGGACGCGUUGACCGCGCCCGCACGCGUCGACGCGCGUCUCCCUCCGCCCAUGCUCGCGUUCGUGCGAAGCAGACUCUUCGCCCGCGCCCCGAACCCCCCCGUGGACGUGUCGUGCGCGUCGACGAGCGAUGGAAUCGUGAUCUCGUGGACCCCGGGCGCGAGAGCGAGCGAAAACAAUCUCGAGGAGGAGGAACACGCGGUGAGCGUUCGAUUCGCCGACGGCGCGGGGAGAGAGGCGACGAUGGGGAUGUGGAUGGACGUUUUCGUCGGCACGGGGCGAUCGUUCACGCUGAAAACGCCCGGGGGGGGUGACGGGUGCGCGUUGGAGGUGAGAGUCCGAGCGGAGAACGCGCGCGGGACGAGCGCGUGGGUGCUCGCUUCGGGAACGACGCGGGCGCUGGUGAAAGACAACGAGUGGGGGGCGCAGUGGAAGAAGAGCUCUGGUGGGGAGGGAACGAGCGUGGCGCUCCCGUCCGGAGAAUCGAGCGCGAAUCGAGUUCGAGUUUAG